CGCUCUCACAGAGUCUGAGAGGGGGAAAAAAGGGUUUUCAGUCCAAAUUUAUCUGUUUGCCUGUAACCUGCCUUCGAGGAACAAGCUCCUUCUUGCUCCACGGAGGUGAGCUGCUUGUCCCUUGGCUACACCGCAUCCACGCGGUUCCGUGGCUAAGUCCAUAAAAGUGGAUGUUCCCGAGGCCCCUCUCCCACACCGCGGCUGGCGAUACUCGCUCUCCGGGGCGGGGGCUGCCAGUCUGUCUUCCCGGGCUCGGCCUCUGUCACCGCCCCGAAGGCUGUCCCACGCUGCCUUGCCGCCGGAAGGACGCGGCUCUCAUUCAUUGCUUGCAUAAGGGGAGGUGCCGGGUUGCCGUGCUGCCUCGCUUCUCGCCUGAGGCCGCCGGUGCCAGGCUGCCCAUCGGCGCGGGCCCUAAUAUAAAGAUGGAGUGUCAGAAAAUUAUCAAUUUUGGAAACCAGCUUCUUCGCCGGAAAAAUGUGGAUUGCACUCGAGAAGACAGUCGACUCUCGCGAUGCCUCAACACGUUUGACUUAGUGGCUCUGGGUGUGGGCAGCACUCUGGGUGCGGGUGUCUAUGUACUGGCUGGAGCUGUGGCACGGGAAAAUGCAGGACCUGCCAUCGUAAUCUCCUUCUUGAUUGCUGCUUUGGCUUCAGUGCUGGCCGGCCUCUGCUACGGAGAAUUUGGUGCCCGAGUUCCUAAGACAGGAUCAGCUUACCUCUACAGCUACGUGACUGUGGGCGAGCUGUGGGCCUUCAUCACAGGCUGGAAUUUAAUCCUUUCCUAUGUCAUCGGAACCUCGAGUGUGGCCAGAGCCUGGAGUGCAACUUUUGAUGAAAUCAUAGGUCAGCACAUUGCAACAUUUUGUGAAAAAUACAUGUCAAUGGAUGCUCCUGGAGUGCUAGCAAAAUACCCUGACAUCUUUGCCGUGCUGAUUAUCAUCAUCUUAACAGGGCUUUUGAUUUUUGGUGUGAAGGAAUCAGCCCUAGUGAACAAAGUGUUCACCUGCAUCAAUGUGCUCGUCCUCGCCUUCGUCAUGGUCUCUGGCUUUGUGAAGGGCUCUGUUAAAAACUGGCAGCUGACUGAACAGGACCUUUACAACACCAGCCACAUCAUUAAUGGAGUCAAUCAAACACAGGAAUACAAGGGUGUUGGAGGGUUCAUGCCCUAUGGAUGGAAAGGAGUCCUCUCAGGGGCAGCCACAUGUUUUUAUGCUUUCGUGGGAUUUGACUGUAUUGCUACAACAGGUGAGGAGGUAAAAAACCCUCAGAAGGCCAUUCCCAUUGGCAUUGUGGCAUCUCUGCUCAUCUGCUUCGUGGCUUAUUUCGGUGUGUCAGCUGCCCUGACACUCAUGAUGCCUUACUACCAGCUGGACACCAACAGCCCUUUACCCAAUGCUUUUAAAUAUGUGGGCUGGGAUGGAGCCAAUUAUGCCGUAGCUGUCGGUUCCUUGUGUGCGCUUUCUACGAGUCUCCUUGGCUCCAUGUUUCCAAUGCCUCGAAUAAUUUAUGCUAUGGCAGAAGAUGGACUUCUCUUUAAAUUUUUGGCUAAAGUCAACGAGAAGAGAAAAACUCCAAUAAUUGCAACAGUGACGUCAGGGGCUGUUGCAGCUAUUAUGGCCUUUCUCUUCGACUUGAAAGAUCUUGUGGAUCUCAUGUCCAUUGGAACUCUCCUAGCUUACUCCUUGGUGGCAGCCUGCGUGUUGGUAUUGAGGUAUCAGCCAGAGCAGCCUAAUUUGGCAUACCAGAUGGCUAGGACGACAGAGGAGACAGAUAACAACGAGUCUGUGAGCACCAGUGACUCGCAGGCUGGAUUUCUGCCAGAGGAAGAGGAAAAGUGCUCCCUCAAAGCCAUAAUAUGUCCCCCAAAUUCGGACCCUUCCAAGUUCUCUGGCUCAGUGGUGAACCUCUCAACCUUUGCAAUUGGUUUCCUAAUUGUGGGUAGUUGUAUUCUCACUGCCCUUGAGCCAAGCAUUCUGAUAAAGGUUGUGUGGAUUAUUGCUGCCAUCCUUGUUCUUCUUGUCAGCUUCAUUAUAUGGAAACAGCCUGAAAGCAAAACCAAGCUCUCCUUUAAGGUACCUCUUUUGCCCCUUCUUCCUAUUGUGAGUAUUUUUGUGAAUGUUUACCUCAUGAUGCAGCUAGACCUAGGCACAUGGAUACGGUUUGCAGUCUGGAUGCUCAUAGGCUUUAUCAUCUACUUCACCUAUGGAAUAUGGCACAGUGUGGAAGCCAACUACGCGGCCUCAGCAGAGGCGGAGAGAAGCACAGACGCUGGCUCAGACAGCUGUAAAUGACAGCGUGCUUGGCUUAUGGGCAACUGAGGAGUGGCUGCAGCGAAGGAAGCUUUUUGGUGGGAUCCUGAGCUGGGCUACAUCUGGUCAGUCAGUAAUGCAGGGACAGGAAGUGUAAUGUGGGACUCCUCAGCCCACUGCUGCAGCUCCCAGUUUGCCCAGUGGCGAAGUUAAAAGGGAUCACAGGGAAAAAAGCCAAACCUCCUAGCACACUCCCAGCGACACUGUCAGCUGCUCUGGGGCUAUGUGCUUUCCUUCCUCCUCCUCCUCCUGCUGUUUUUUUGUUUCCAGUGUGUAUAAAGAAAACUGCUUCUGUGUGCCAGUUAACCUUAAAUGCUGCUAUGAAACCAGGCCUCACAGAGGUCUGCCUUUCAGUAGCCCCAGGAAUUACCUCCCCACAGACACUCUACCUGGUUUUACGUGGAGCAGAAUUUGUAGUGCUACUGUCAGGCUUAGCCCAGGUCCGUCCUUCACCCAAGGUGAGCUGUACCCCAUGCGUACGUACUCAAAGGCUCUCACCAAACACCAGCUUUCACCUGGUGGCAGAACCACCUGCAAGACUUGUGUUCUUUGAAGUGUCAGCUCUCAGUAGUUUCUGUUGUGUUUAACUCUUUUAGCUGCAUAGUUUCUGUUGUGUUUAACUUUUUUAGCUGCAUACUCAUAUGCUUUAAAGUGCACAGCUGCUGUGAAACAUUGGAAGGAUUUGUGGUGAUGACCUGUUGGGUGAGUGGUCAUUUGCCAGUGCACAGCUAAUGCCGCCAGAUGCUUCUGCUGACUGCACACUCAGCAGAGGGGUUGCCAUAAAACUGCUUGGUGCAAGUACUUGAAUGGCUUGAAAAGAGCAGGUGUCUUCAAGGAGCUACCAUACCUCUUCGCCUUGCAAAUCACCAGCAGCGUGGCUGCAGUGGUGGGGUAGCUAACUGAAGUGAGCUCAGCUGUGACAUCAAACAGGGCUCUGUAUUCCUCUUCCUACAUCUGUUUUGUGUGCCAGAUAUGUGGCAUUAGCAAAACGUUUGGCCGUGAGAAUUUGAUUUGGCAUCAGCAGGUGGAGCACAUUUCUGCCUUGAGAAGGGGACACACAGAAAGAUCUUUAGUGGCUUAAACUUCGUCUGUGAGCAGCAGUGCCUGGCAUCUGACCCCUGCCCAGGGGAGGGUCGUGUGGGUGUGCAGGGGCUCUGCUGGUCUCAGUAGAGCAGGCAGCCCAGAAAACACCACUAAGCUCUAGGGUUCAGAUUGCUGAGAAGAGAAACUUUCCUGUUUGGGCUGGAGAUCAUCUCCAGAGCCUGGUUGUUGUGAAAGGCGGAAAAUUUAGAGUUGAGACCAGGGUCUGUGUUUGGUUGGCAAUGCCUUGGUUUUGCUGUAAGGUGAUAUUUUUUUAGUUCUCUCUAGUAGCUUUCCCCAGCCAGAUUCAGUCUCCUAAGAAAGGCUCAUUAAAGCAUUGUGAUGGUGGGCUGUGCCCAUGUCAUGCAACUGAUCUGAAUUCACACUCCAGCCUGUAUUGAAAAACAAUCACAGAAUCACAGUGGUUUGGGUUGGAAGAGACCCUUAAAGAUCAUCUAGUCCAGCCUCCCUGCUAUGAGCAGGGACAUCUCUCACUCAGAACCCCACCCAACCUGGCCUUGGACACUUCCAGGGAUGAGCAUCCCAAAAAGAUAGUGCAGAAAUACCUUCUUCCAACCUGAGUGUACACUGUCAUAGGUGUCCUCCACGCUACUGCCUCUGAACACUGGACAAUCUUUAAUCUCUUUGUCAGCAUGGUUCUUGCUAGCAAAGGGAUAGGCUCUUGGGCCACUCAUUCAGAUGGAGAAAAGAACAACCCUGCAUGACUUGAUCUGGCCUCACCAGACAUUUGGUGCAGCAGAAUGGGGAACCAGAGCAUCAUCUCCCAGGUUACACGGCUGGACCGUGGACCAUCUCUCACAGGUUUCAAAGAGAGACUUUAGAGCUCUUCUGCCCACUGGGCCUCCUAGUACACUGAGAAGCCCUUUUUGCCAGGGUUGGAAUUGGAGGGGUUGAGGGCACUGUGUGUGUUGCCUCCUGACUGCAUUUCAGGGUGCAUUUUGAGUGCAUUUCCCCCCACAAAAUUAAGUUAGGGUCUGCUCCGUUCACUAGGUCUUGACCAUCUGCCAAGCCUUUGCUCCUCAUGCAUAUGCACAUCAAGAGCCAUGAGGCUUGAGGUCUAUUUUAUUCAAACACAGGCAAGCUCUACACACUCCACUCUCUGAAAGCACUGAAGGUAUAGUGGUAGAAGAUGUAAACUCAAAGGGGAGCAAAGUUUCCUGUUGUACCAAAAAAGUAAGGGUGCUUUUUGCUACGUUGGGUACCUGCUUCUGAGCAAUGAAAACAUUCAGCAGCGACCAUUUGGAGAUGAGUUCUGACUGGAAGUGUAGUUCCAAAGAAAACUAUUUAAAAAUAUGCAGAUUUCUUGCUGUAUGUAAUUUGUUUUUUUUUUUUAAUAUAUAUAAAUGUUAACUUAUUUUUGUUGUCUGC